CACAGCUUAGGUCGCGUUGAUUUUAACAAUUGGUCGACCUGCUUCCGCGUUUAGAGAUAUAAAACGAAAGUAAAACGAAUAUGCUCGUUUGUUGACUCGUGUUAUAUUUUAGUAUAUAUUUUAGGACAGGCGCUCAAGAGAGAUAAGGCAGUUAAAAGUACAUCUGUAUCGUAUUUUUUUUUUUCUAUUUUCAAUAUAAACAAGGCGAUGUACUAGAGAUACAAAAUGUCAAGCUCCCUUGCAAACUGUCUUCAAUUUGGAAUAUUUGUGUUGCUGUUAUAUUUAGAGGGUAGUAAAUCCCAAAAACAGGUUCCGUGCAACCAAACCCAGAACAACACGUUUCGGAACUUCUAUUAUUAUUAUACUAGUUGGCCACCAAAAAUCUGUUCUUGGAAAUUUGAAUCUCCCCAAAACUCUACCGAUUAUGCAGUUUUGGUCACUUUAUUAUACCUCUGGAAGUCAGGUUCUUCAUCCAAAAUGGUGCUACCAGAUGGUUCUAUUAUGACCAAUAUAAAUGUUGAUUAUGACGAAUCAGCAAUAUGUAUUCUGUACACAUCUCCAUAUUCGAACUGCAGUCACUUUGGAAAGCACAAUUGUGGCAUAAAGAAAAGUAAAGAUUGGCCACCAAGAAUAAAUGUUACUUCGAAUAACAUAUGGAUCCGGUUGACAUAUCUUAUCAUUGAUUGUCCAUCAGAUGUUACAACAACACAUGCUUUAACUACGACAUUCGUCAGCACAAGUACUUCAACUUUAAUUACCACCACUGAAAUAACAAGCGACGUAACCGAAACCACACCGAGCAUCGUACAAUCAGAUCAACUAUCAAGCAUACGUAAGCUUGAAAAUACCAACAAUAUAUUACUUGGAUUUGUCAUUGGAUUUGGCGUUCUUCUACUGCUGGUAUCAGUUGUGUAUUUCGUAAAGUUUAAACGAAUGAAGAAUGCAUUUGACAGCAAACCACUUGAAAACAAAAAUGAUAUUGUUGUUGUUCACGCUGUUAACGAUGACGGAAAUGCUGUAUACGAGUUUGCUAAUGCGCCACCAAGCAGCCAUGCUGAGAUGGUCGACAAUGAACUGUAUCAGUCGCAUGGUGGCGGUCUUUGAUCACUUCAUGUCUUGUGUACAGUGUCUGUUUUGCUACUUUACGUAGGCCUACGCCUUUUAUUUCUUAUAUUGAGCGUUUACCAUUUGAUAUGAACGAUACUAUUUUAGUUUAAUGUUGAUUAUUAUGUGCUUGCUUUUGUGUGUACCUCUAUUAUUAAGUGACACAAAAUUUUCAAUUCAAAUGUGUAUAUAAAAAUUUGAACGGUUUCUGUUUUUACAUUUACAUAAAAGAAACCAAAAAUUUACUGUUAUGCGUUGCGUGAUUUCAGCUUGUUAUUCAAUUAAGCAUGGUUGCAAUGAGUAAGGUAACUACGUAGGCUACUACAGGUGUAAUUCAGUUCACUAUAAACAGUGGGCAUACUACUUCCUCGUAGAAGCACAAACAAACGGAAGAAAUAGUAAUUUGCUUACCUGUGUUGUGUUAUUAUAUAUAGCAGAGUUUGGUAACGAUCGACUGAGAAUCUUUAAACAAAUGUUGGCAAUUUAAACGAGAAAGAACUUGUAUAUAUAUACAAAUUAUCGUUCAAUUACCAUAUUUAUAAACAACUUGCUUUAUAAGACAUACAGAAUGUCGAGUUUUUUUACUGGCUGUUUCCAAUUAUUAAUUCAUGUUCUGCUGCUAAUUUUAGGGUGUGGUGAAUGCCAACAGCAGGUUCCGUGCAACGAAACCCAGAACAACACGUUUCAAAGAUUGUAUUAUUAUUAUUGGAAAUCCGCAUUACAGAGUUGUUCUUGGAAAUUUGAAUCUCCCAACAACUCGACGGAUUAUGCAGUUUUAAUUACCCUUCUGUUCUUCGUGAAGGACAAAUCGAGUGAUCCAACAACAAUGAACUUACCAGAUGGUAACGAUUUGACGUCGACUAUAAAAGUUACGAAAGGGACGGCACCAAGAUGUGUUCUGUACACAUCUCCAUAUUCGAACUGCAGUCACUUUGGAAAACACGAUUGCGAAACAGAGAAGAGUAAAGAUUGGCCACCAAGAUUAAAUAUUACUUCGCGUAAA